AUAUAUGUCAACAUCACACGGAUUUAUCAAAACAGUAAUGAUUAUAUUAGAAAGUACCAGUGGUUCAGGUCAUUGCAUCAUUGGUUUUCGACCACGUCUAUCAACUACACGUAAAGAGAAAAUUGCUUUUGAUCCACUUGUUCAACAAAAUGUUCUCUAUCGUGAAUUACGUAAAAUACGUUCAUUGAAAAAAUCUGAACAAGGAAAUUGACAUGUUUUGAAAAUACCAUUGUAUAUUAUUAUUAUUAAUUUUUUU